CAUGCCCUAGAUCCUAUUUUGUGAUUGUCGAGUAGGGUUUGGUGUCUCCGUCAUGGAUUUCUUUGAGCGAUCGUCUUCCUGGAACUACGGCGCGAUGAAGAAUUUCCAUCGCAUCUCGGAGCCAGUCAAGCGCCAUGUCCGCCAGGUUUACUGGACUGUGGCGAUGGCGCUCAUCGUGUCGGCCGUGGGUGUCUAUGCCCAUAUGCUGCUCAAUAUCGGUGGAUUACUCACCACGUUUGGCUUCUUGGGGUGUAGUUUUGCCCUCAUGAACACGUCCUCGAGCUACGCGGCACAGGGGAAAAGAUGGAAUUGGCUGAUGGCAGCAGCGUUUUGCGAGGGAGCAUCCCUUGGAAACUUCGUCGGGGCCGUGAUUGAAUUUGAUCCCAGCAUCCUUGUGACGGCUUUUGUGGCCACAGUGGCUGUUUUCGCAUCGUUCUCUGGUGCCGCUCUCCUUGCUAAGCGACGGGAGUUCAUGUUCUUGGGUGGAAUUCUCGCGUCCGCCACAUCGUCCAUGCUCACGCUACACGUCCUCUCGAGCUUCUUUGGUGGAGCCGCUCUCAUGUUCGAAGUAGAGCUGUAUGGUGGCCUUCUACUCGUCGUUGGCUACGUGAUCUUCGACACACAACUUAUCAUCGAGAGAGCUGAGAGGGGUGACAUGGAUCACAUCAAACACGCACUGGAUCUGUUCGUGGACUUCGUUGGCAUUUUCGUUCGCGUUCUCUACAUCUUGACUCGCAAGGCGGCCGAGAGGGAAUCCAGGGAAAAACGCCGGAACAGGCAGAGACACAGCUCAAGGUACUAGAGAGAUCAAGGUACUAGAAAGAAUGGACACUACUGAAAAUCCGGUACCUUGACAUGAAGCGUUUCACAUAAAUUGCUAGAAACUUUGCUUUUAUCGUCGUAUCAAUCAAUCGCAUUUCUAGUUC